AUGAUCUCGGACGAGUGCCCCGUGUAUGCUCCCUUCUUCGGCGCGAUGGGUUGUACAUCAGCCAUCGUCUUCGCCUGCUUCGGUGCCGCCUACGGUACCGCCAAGGCUGGUGUCGGUGUCAGCGCCAUGGGUGUCCUCCGCCCCGACUUGAUCGUCAAGAACAUUAUCCCCGUCGUCAUGGCUGGUAUCAUUGGUAUCUACGGUCUCGUCGUCUCGGUCCUGAUCUCCAACGGUCUGUCGCAGAAUGUCUCCCUCUUCACCAGCUUCAUCCAGCUUGGUGCUGGUCUCUCCGUCGGUCUGUCGGGUAUGGCUGCCGGUUUCGCUAUCGGCAUUGUUGGCGAUGCUGGUGUACGAGGAACUGCCCAGCAGCCCAGGUUGUUCGUUGGAAUGAUUCUCAUUCUCAUUUUCGCCGAAGUUUUGGGUCUUUACGGUCUCAUUGUUGCCCUCCUCAUGAACUCCAAGGGUGCUGAGGGUACCUGCCCUUCGUAA